AUUUUUGUGCGGUAUUUUCCGAAGACCGGUCACACAGCAACUGACUCAGAAGUGAAGAAGAAGAGGAGACGAUUUGCUGGCCUGCAAUUUUUUCACGACGAACAAGUAAUUUAUACAGCCAAUAUAACCGUAAACCGGAAUUGCCGCUGGCCGGAAUCGUAAGCAACUUCAUCGGUGUACCAGGAUUAGGCAGAUCAAAGCCAAGACAGUGCUAAAGGCUCAGGAUUAAACAGAAAAAUCAUAGCCCAGCCCAUAUCAACAGAGCGGAGAGAGGGAGAGGGACUUAAAACUCUGUGGAGAGAGGAACGGAAGAGCGGAGAGAGGUCAGCCAACCCGCAAUUAAGAAAAAGUAGACACGUACGAGAGUUGCACGGCCAAAAGUGCGAAGCAAAUCUAGAAGAAAGUAGAAGAAGAAGGCGACAUGUCAUCCGGCGACUUCGGUAAUCCGCUGCGGAAGUUCAAGCUUGUCUUCCUGGGCGAGCAGAGCGUGGGAAAGACCUCGCUGAUUACGCGUUUCAUGUACGACAGUUUCGACAACACGUACCAGGCGACGAUCGGCAUUGACUUCCUAUCGAAGACCAUGUACCUGGAGGACCGCACCGUCCGCCUGCAGUUGUGGGACACGGCGGGCCAGGAGCGCUUUCGGUCGCUGAUCCCCUCCUACAUUCGCGACUCCACCGUCGCCGUGGUCGUGUACGACAUCACCAACACGAACUCGUUCCACCAAACCUCCAAAUGGAUAGACGACGUGCGCACGGAACGAGGUAGCGACGUAAUCAUCAUGCUGGUGGGAAACAAGACGGAUCUGUCGGACAAGCGACAAGUCUCCACGGAGGAGGGUGAGCGCAAGGCCAAGGAACUGAAUGUGAUGUUCAUCGAGACGAGUGCCAAGGCCGGUUACAAUGUUAAGCAGCUGUUCCGACGAGUGGCGGCGGCUCUGCCCGGCAUGGACUCGACCGAGAACAAGCCCUCUGAGGACAUGCAGGAGGUGGUGCUGAAGGACUCGCCCAACGAGACGAAGGACCCCGAAGGCGGAUGCGCCUGCUAGAAGUAGCUAACCCGAUCCAAUCCAAUCCAAUCCAACCCAAUCCCGAUCCAAUCUCCCUUAAAGCUGAAGCUGAAGCAGAAGCAGAAGCAGUUCAACCAACAAGAGCAUUUCACACGCGCUGGCAACGGGUGUACACAGGUGUAGGUGUAUGUGGCUGGAUCAGCGGUGGAUUCCAACAAAAAACACUGGACGAGCAAGCCCCCAACAUCUUCUAUAUACACACACAUACACAACUUUAUGUUUAAGUUUAUUUAUAAAGUAAAAAAUGAUAGCAAAAGCAAAUAGACUAAACAACAAUUAACAAAA